AUGCUAACCAAUUAUCAAUCACCAAAGCUGCAUCAAUUUGAUGGCAAAGGGAACCCAAGGCAACAUAUUGCCCACUUUGUCGAGACUUGUAGCAAUGCGGGAACGCAUGGUGACCUUUUAGUAAAACAAUUUGUUCGUUCUCUGAAAGGAAACGCAUUUGGCUGGUAUAUUGACUUGGAGACCGAGUCCAUUGAUAGUUGGGAGCAACUUGAGAAGGAAUUCCUCAACCGUUUUUACAGUACCCGAAGAACUGUAAGCAUGAUAGAGUUGACAGGCACCAAGCAAAGGAAGGACGAGCCCGUGGUGGAUUACAUUAAUCAUUGGAAGGCGUUAGGUUUGGACUGCAAAGAUCGGCUAUCAGAAAUAUCUGUUGUGGAGAUGUGCAUUCAAGGAAUCCACUGGGACCUUUUGUACAUCCUACAAGGGAUCAAACCGCGAACUUUUGAAGAACUUGCAACACGAGCGCACGACAUGGAGUUAAGCAUCGCAAGUCAUGGAAAUGCAUCUCCAUUUGCUGAUCAAAAGGAGUUCAAGAAAAAUGUCACUACUAAGCAAAAAGUGAAGGAGGAUAAGACCCCAAGUCAAUAUCCCAAAGAGGAGAAGCGUCGUCCCACCUUGAAGGAAUUAGAGGCGAAGGUUUAUCCAUUUCCAGAUUCAGACGUACCCACCAUCCUUGAUGAACUGCUGGACAAGAAAGUCAUCGAUCUCCCUGAAUCAAAAAGGCCAGAGGAAAUUGACAAAGUUGGCGACCCGAAAUACUGCAAGUUUCAUCGCGUCAUUAGCCACCCUACAGAGAAAUGCUUUAUCUUAAAGGAGAAAAUUAUGGCUCUUGUAAGUGAAGGAAAAUCAUCAUAG